AUGUUUGCCCCAGCUGCAACCCCCAAGUCUCGUCUCGGCCGCUAUCGCCUGCUAGCUCCUACAGCCGGAGUCAAGGUGAGCCCGCUAUGCCUGGGUGCGAUGAACUUUGGUGAAGGCUGGAAAGAGAGACUCGGCGAAUGCGACAAGGAAACCUCCUUCAAGAUCCUAGACACAUUCUACGAGAACGGAGGAAACUUCAUCGACACAGCCAACAACUACCAAUCAGAAGAGUCAGAAAAAUGGCUGGGCGAAUGGAUGGAAGCCCGCGGCGUGCGCGACCAAAUCGUCCUAGCAACGAAGUAUACAACUGGUUUCCGCAGUCAUGUCCCAUCAGAGAUCCAGGCGAACUUUGUCGGCAAUAAUGCCAAGAGUAUGAAGUUGUCUCUCGAGGCUAGUUUGAAGAAAUUGCGGACUGAUUACGUCGAUUUGUUCUACGUCCACUGGUGGGAUUUCAGCACCUCCAUUGAGGAAGUAAUGACUUCUCUCAACCAAUUGGUCGUUUCUGGAAAGGUACUGUACCUCGGUAUCAGUGAUACACCAGCAUGGAUUGUCAGCAAGGCGAAUCAAUACGCCCGAGACCACGCCCUCCGCCCCUUCUCAGUCUACCAAGGAAAAUGGAACGCCGCAACGCGCGAUUUCGAACGCGACAUAAUCCCCAUGGCGGCAUCAGAAGGAAUGGGCCUCGCACCAUGGGGCGCAAUCGGCGGCGGCGCCUUCAAAACCGAAGCUCAACGCGAAGAACUCUCCAAAACCGGGAACCCAGGACGGCAAGUCCCGCCCAGUGCAACGGAUAUCGCUGUAUCGAAGGUCCUUGAGGCCGUUGCGGCACGGCAUAAGACUGUUAUCACCAGUGUGGCGCUUGCGUAUGUCAUGCGCAAGGCGCCGUAUGUGGUUCCGAUUGUUGGUGGGCGCAAGGUUGAGCAUUUGCUUGGGAAUAUCGAGGCUCUUGGGGUUGAUCUUUCCGAUGAGGAUGUUAGGGAGAUUGAGGGGGCGUAUGAGUUUGAUAUUGGGUUCCCUAUGAAUUUCCUUUUUAGGGGGGAGGUUAAGGAAGCACAUCCUGGGAACUCGCAGUUUGUAAAUUCUGUUGCUAAGUUUGAUUAUCCGGAUUUGGUUAGGGCUGUUAGGCCUAAGAGGUUGGAGGAGUGA